AUUAAAAUUCUUACUUAAUUCACUCACAAAUUCAUCAAUUUUUACAAAAGCUUAUUGUUUUACAAAUAUUGAAAAUGGUGAAGAAUGUGAGUUUAGAUGCAGUGGACCAAAAAUUAGCCUUGGCUAAGCAAUAUUCUCAUGAAGGAGUUGUUGCAGGAGCAAAAGCAGCUGUUGUUGCAUCUGUUGCUACUACCAUUCCAAUUUAUGCUUUUGGGAAGAUGUCACCAUGGGCAAAAACCUAUCUGAAUCCAACAGCUAAAGCUCUCAUUAUCUCAACAACUGCUGGAAUGGCAUAUUUUGUUGUAGCUGAUAAGACUAUUCUCAAAAUAGCAAGGCAAAACUCCUUCAAACAAAACUAAUAAUUAAGGGUCGCAAUUGAAUUAAUCAACUUUUUAAGUAUUAAUUUAGAGUAUAUCUAAUAUCAACAUUACCAGUGUAAUUUUGUCUAUGUAUUAAUUACCAACAUCAUCAACAUAUAUUGUUGUGAAAGAUAAUGGAAGUUGGUUUUUCUCA